GGGGAUUCGGAUCGGUGGCGGCGGGCAGCCAUGCGGGAGGCGCUGCGCGGCCGCUCGGGCAACCGGCCGGCUCCGGGCGGUGAGCCCCCCGCCGCCGCCCCCUCCUCUAUGGCGCCGCCCGGCCCCCCCUGGGCCCGCACCCGCGCCGCGCUGGCGCGGCUGGAGAGAGCGCUGAGCUGCUCCCGCUGCGCCGGCGUCCUGCGGCAGCCCGUGUCCCUGGGACAGUGCGAGCACGUCUUCUGCCUGUCUUGCGUGGGUGACUGUGUUGGCACAGAGUGCCCAGUGUGCCACAUGCCAGCCUGGGUGCAAGAUGCGCAGAUAAACCGGCAGCUAGAUAACAUGAUUCAGCUUUGCGGCAAACUGCGGCAUCUACUGGGUGUGGACACCUCAGAUUCAAUGGAAGAUAUGUCCACACCAAUGGAAUCAGACUUUGGAAAAAAGAAUAAGAAGGAACAGAUAAAAAUGUGGUUCAGCCCAAGAAGUAGAAAGAUUCGAUGCAUCCUGAACAAGAAUCAGCCUGAGACUAAAAGCCAUGACCUUUGUCAAGACACAUCUUCAAUUUAUGAUUUCAUUCCUUCCCCUCCUUGUGAAAAGCCCUCCAAGCAGACAGAAAAGCCACCACAGAGACAGAGUAAGAAGAUGAAGAAGAAACAUCUAGCAGACAUUAACAAAGUGUGGAGCUUAGAGAAGCCUGAGCAGAAAGGAGGAGUUGAGGAGAAGACUCCUAAGGAAAAGCGUGUGACCAUCUGCAGUCAACUGGUAGUUCUGUGCACUCCAGAACCAAAUAGCCCUGAAGAGACACCUGAGGAGUCUACAAAGGAAACGGUCUCCAGCAAAAAUACAGAAAAUGUGGAAAUAGCACCACGGGUAAAAUCCUCAGAGAAGAAAAGUAACAGUGAGGUUGCAUGUCCUGUGCAAGUUAGCAAGGAAAAAAAUAGUGCUACAGAGACAUCGCUGUCAGUAGAAAAUGAAACUACACCUUUAAAACGUGGAAGGGAGCAAUCCAGACUUCCAGUUACUUCUCAGUCUAAAAGACCAAGAACUGAGAGGAGCACUGAUGGGAAGUCAGGCAGGCAAGCAGAUCGCUCUGAGGAGUUACCUCAGGGUUGCCCUAUCUCCCCAGCAACUGGACAGAAGACACCAGUUCAUGUUUCUUCCUCUGUAUCAAAACUCACUGGCACCGUAAUGAAGACAAGAAGCUCUGCAGUCUUUCAAGCGAUAGAUAGUUCUUCACUUUCAAAACCUCCCUCUACCCCAUCUUCUUCUAAGUCCUGUAAUCGAGUAGGAAUACCACACAGUCCUUCUGUGUUGAAGUCCCCUGGUGGUAACACAAUUGCCAGAAGAAAUUACAAAGGAGAGACUUUGCUGCAUGUUGCUUCCAUCAAGGGUGACUUAGCAGCUGUUGAAGAGCUGCUGAAAAAUGGGGCAGAUCCGAACGUCAAAGAUAAUGCUGGCUGGACGCCACUGCAUGAGGCAUGUAAUCAUGGGCACAAAGAAGUGGUGGAGCUGUUGCUGCAAUACAAGGCGUUAGUGAAUACUACGGGGUACCAGAACGACUCACCGCUUCAUGAUGCUGCCAGGAAUGGGCACGUGAGCAUUGCUGAGCUGCUGCUUUUGCACGGUGCCUCCCGUGAUGCAGUUAAUAUAUUCGGUCUGCGGCCUGUGGACUAUGCAGAAAGCGAAAAGAUGAAGUCUGUGCUAAUGUUACCAGUGAAGAAUGAAUCAUUUUCACUUAACCAGCCCCGUGAGGCACUAAGCCCUAGCCAGCAAACAGACGGACCCCUUGUUCUGCUGGGGAGCAAUCUUAGUUCCAAGCAACAGAAGUCGCUGAUCAAACUAGCAACAGUUCUGAAGGCUCAAAGGUGUACGGAAUUUAACAGCAGAGUAACUCAUCUUGUUAUCCCUGAUGCUCCAAUGCCAAGUACUGUCAAAUGUAUGAUGGCUGUUCUGACUGGAUGUUGGGUCCUCAAGUUUGAAUGGGUGCGAGCCUGUCUACAAACCGCAGCACGAGAACAAGAAGAGAAGUAUGAAAUCCAAGGUGGCCCACAAAGAGGGCGGCUCAACAGAGAACAGCUGCUGCCAAAGUUGUUUGAUGGAUGCUACUUCUAUUUUAUGGGAUCUUUCAACUGUCACCAGAAGAGUGAUCUUGUGGAACUGGUCAAAGCAGCAGGAGGACAAAUUCUGGUUAGGCAGCCAAAACCAGACAGUGAUGUGACGCAGACGAUCAACACGGUGGCUUACCAUGCAGAAUCUGCUUCUGACCAGAGAUUUUGCACUCAGUAUGUAAUCUAUGAUGCGUCUUCUAAAUUCAAGCCAGAGAAAAUUCGUCAGGGCAAAGUCUGGAUGGCCCCCUCCAGCUGGCUUAUAGACUGUGUCAUGUCAUUUCAGCUCCUGCCUGUAAAAUGAAGAUCAGUCGCUCAUGAGCAAGGCUUUUAAAAUGUGGUGAAUCUUGAGCAGUCGGAACACUCUGGUAAACGCUGGUCUGAAGCUAUGAUUUAUGUUUUGCACUUAGGAGAGCUUUGACCGUUUAAAUGAGUUAUAAGAUCACUGAUACGCUGGCAUAAAUGAACAUACAAUGGAGGAGAGAGAUACAUAUACUGCAUUGAAAAAUAUGCCUUGGGUUAUUUAGUAGGCUUUAUUUUUGCCUUUGACUUAACUGUAAUAAUCACUGACAUUUUGUAACUAAGAUUUUUGCAAAACGAAACCUUUUGUAUUCUUGAUUUAAACCAGCCCUUUCUGGGUGAUAGAGCGUGACCCUGUUUCUUUUGUGUUUAGUACCCAUUGACAAGGAUCUACUGUAUGUGUCAAGAUUUCCCAGCCAGGCCAGCUAUUGUAUUUUUUUUAAAAAAGGACUCUCUGGAUUUGAAUGUAGUCAUUUGCCUGUGUAGACAUCUCUUCUGUCAGAUGACGUGUGAUGUUUCUUAUAACUUUGUACAACUGAAUUUUGCAGGAAAUUCUUGGCAUGCGAUAAGCCUUGUAGAAAUUAGAGUAGAACUAAUGGCCUGAAUUAAUUUGAAAACAGACAAUUCUGAAAAGUCUAUCUUUAAAAAUCUCGGUCUAAAAUUCCUUAUUUGUAACAAGAGUAAUCCUUUAUUCACUUCUGUCCUUUCAUGCUUGUAAAUGUGUAACUCGAAUUCGAUUCUAUUUUCUAAAGGUUUUUAAGCAUCAGGAUCCUUAUUAAAUUAUUAUAUAAAAAAAUUUGUCUGUAAAUGCAGAUGGUUGCUAUCAUGGUUACUUUAAUGAAAAAAAAUUAAUCAUGUCAAAAGAAUGAUGCCUCCCUUUGCACAAUUGUACUUAAACUUAGCCCGCUGCAUUGGAGCAAUACUGGAGCUUUCAUAUUUGUUACAAAAUUUCUUAUAACUGAUCAUAAGUUAUUGUCAGACUCUUACUUCCUCACUCUGUGCUCCUAUGUCAUGCGUUGCAUCUUUUGUGUUGCCGCAGUUCGUGAAUUCAUAAUUUAAAAAUGGUGUCUCAAAUAAUGUACAAUGAGAAUGAUGGCUGUGGGAUAAAACAAAGUUUCUCGUGUUUGUUUUUGUAUUGCUUGUAAUAAUAAAACUUUUGGUGCCGGUAAGUUGGGAGUAUCUUAUUGCAUGAGCUUAGCUGCAGAAUAACUAUAUAGUCCAUAUGUAUCUCAGCAGGUAAAUGGAAAUUUAAGUACUUUUCUGUGAACUCGAUCCAGCUGUGAAGGUAGCAUAUUGCUCUGCAAGAGCAGCUCUUCAGUGCAGGAGAGUUGUUUUCUGUAACCAUUGCCACCGGAGAUCUUAUGCCAAUUUUCAAUGUGCUCUAUAGAACUCUCUCAGGCAUAAAGCUCUAUAGUUGGAACUAGACACUUGAGGUAUAACAGGUGGAGUUUUCAAUAGCAUCUACUAGACUUCUGUAGCUGGAGUAUCUUGAUCUAUCACUUAAACUAGACUGAAUCAUUGCUCUUCACUAAAGGCGUUUCUCAAGUAC